AUGGCAGAGACAGGAGACGCGAGACAGCAAGACGAUCAGAAGGAUCCAGAGGGCGGCUUCGACGACACUCCCAUCCCACGCGCCCCGCCCGGCUACACAGUCAAGUUCACCUUCCAGCGCGCAAACCACCUACCGCUUGCCGACAUCAACACCCUCUCCGCCGACCCUUUCAUCUUGGCCGAGCUGAGCACCAGUCUCGUGUCAAGGCACAAGGAAGACCCGCGAUUGACCAUGCGCACACCCACCGUCCGCCAGAACACCGACCCAGAGUGGAACUGCGAGUGGAUCGUUGCCAACGUGCCCGCCUCUGGCUUCAAGCUCAAGUGCCGCAUCUACGACGAAGACCCCGCAGACCACGACGAUCGCCUCGGCAACGUCCACGUCGAAGUUGGCCAAAUCAACGAAAACUGGGCCGGCAUCAAGAGCCAGACAUACCCGAUCAAAAAGCGCAUGGUGAGCAAGCGCGCCUUUCUGCUACGCGCCCUUGCCGUCUGCUUUGGCAAGGCCGAACACAUGAAUGGCACCUUGACCAUGAGCGUCGAGGUCCUGGGCAGGACCCAAGACGACAAUGGCGGUCGCGCAUACACAAUCGGGCCUCAGUUCUGGAUACGACACUACUCGCCCCUACUCGGACGCUUGCUCGGUCAGAAGGAGCCCAACGACGAUAGCCAAGACUCAAAGUCAAAGCCUGGUAAACCAAAGCCCCAAAAAUACAACUUCCAGUCAAACCAAAUGCAGCUACGUGGCCCCGUCCCCGAAGCCAUGUACCAUCGCUACGUCGAGUUCAAGCCUUUCGUCAAGAGCAUGUUCACCGCAAAAGGCGUGCGAGGCUUCAUCCUCUCCAAAGCACUCCACCACCAGCAUGCUCGCGUAUACAACUUUGAUGCUUCAACCGAGUUCAAAGUCUUCCAAGAACCCUGCAAAGAGUUUGCCCAAAAGUUCCUCGAGCUCGUGCACUUUGACCAAGGUGGACGCAUCUUCACCUACGUACUUACCCUCGACGCCCUGUUCCGCUUCACAGAAACCGGCAAAGAGUUUGGCAUUGACAUGUUGUCAAAACACACCAUGCACAGCGAUGUCGCAGCCUACGUCGCCUUUUCAGGCGAAUUCUUCAUCCGCCGCCUCAAGCACCACCAGCGCCCCGCCCCAGAGGAGGGCGGCAAAAACAAGUCCCACCCCCCUGACGACAUUGACGGUGGCCCACCUGAAGAAGAGCCCAAGAUCAAAGACCCUAGCUACUACGAACUCGUCAUCGACAACGACUCGGGUACCUACCGUCCCAACGCCAAACUCCUCCCCCAACUCAAGCAAUUCUUCGAAGCCAAUUUCCCCGGCCUCCACGUCUGCACCCUCGACUCCCAAGGCGAUGCUGAGAAAAUGGCAGCCAUGAAGGACGAGCAGCGCGAGCGAAAGAAGAAAGAGGGCGACCACGUCGUCUACACGCAGAUGAGUAGAAGCAGCAGCAUGAGCAGCAGUGAUGUCGAAGACCUGGACAGACUAGAGCGCGAGGGCCAACUGCCCGCGUCUCAUUUCAGACACCAGGUACAAAGGGAGGCAAACGCGAGAGUCGACGCAGCCAAAUUCCACCUAAAAGACUACACGCCGAGCAAGAACCACGAGGGGUGGAGAGGCGACCAGCAUCCUGCCAGGAGCGAUGAUGAGGAGUGUGCGAGUGAUCUAGUGAGCUAG